AUGGGCACCUGCUUCUUCACCAACGCUGCGGGUGGCAGCAGGGCUAAGGUGGAGUACACGUUCGGCUACGAGAGGAACGCCGACGGCAAGCUCCGCAUCUGUCUCCACGACUCCUCCGUGCCUUUUAGUCUGCCUCCCAGCUCUCAGCUUCCAGAACAGGAUGUGAAGAGUGCACAGGCAGCAUGGGCCAAUGCCAUCAAGAGCAUCUCCACGACCUACCUGAAUGGGGGAGACUAUGUUGCAGCUGCUGCCGAAGCGGAUGGCGAGCUUUACGGCUAUGGCCACACGGAUGUGCUCUUCAAACCCACCAAGGCAGCCGAUGCACCGUUUCGACCAACUGCUGUAGAGGCCACGUCCUAUUUUGUUGGGCAUGAAGCAGUCGAGAAGGGCUAUGCUGAGGAUGCUGGCUUUGCGAUCAACGGCGGCAAGGGGUGGUCGAAUGUAGUCUUCGAGAACCACCAAAUCGAUGUCACCGGCAAUACUGCCCUUGCCAUGGGCACCUACUUCUUCACCAGCGCUGCAGAUGGGAGCAAGACCAAAGUUGAGUAUGUGGAGUACACGUUCGGCAACAAGAAGAAUGCAGACGGCAAGGUGCGCAUCUUCCUGCACCACUCCUCGGUGCCAUUCAGCGUGACCCCAACCCCCCCGACUGCGGCGAUCACUGAAGCAGAAGUGAAAUGCGUGCAGGCAGCAUGGGCCAGGGUCAUCACGAGUAUCUCCAUGACUUACUUGGAUGGAGGAGACUGCGUUGCCGCUGCCACCGAAGCAGCCGGGGCGCUCUAUGGCUAUGGCCAUUGCAAUGUUCUCUUCAAGCCCACUAAGGCAGCCGAAGCACAGUUUCGACCGACAGCCGCAGAUGUCGUGUCCUACUUUGUUGGGCACAAGGCGGUCAAGAACGGCUAUGCUGAGGAUGCCGGCUUUGCCAUCAACGGUGGAAAAGGAUGGUUUGACGUGGUUUUCGAAAGCCACAAGGUUGACAUCACUGGCGAUGUUGCCGUUGCCAUGGGCACCUACUUCUUCAGUGUGCUAAUCAUGAUCGGCCUCCUGGCGUAUGCCUCGGCGCACACGGGCCUCUUUGUGAGGUGCAAACAGAUCAUGAGCGGGGUCGUGGCCUUCUUCAAGGCCAUGGUGGGGAGCCUUAGUGGGAAGCUGUCCUUGAACAAGGUGGGCUCGCGAUGGCUCGCAAUUAUCUGCUUUUGCGGGGGAUUGACAAAAGCCGAUGCUACAAGGCACUCCACAUCGCAUCACACUGACAUGCUGCUUUGGCAGGAAGUCGGUGAGGAAUGCCUCUUGUGGGCGUCGCCUUUCUCGGUUGAGGCGACUGCGCAGAGUCCUUGUGAUGAGAAGGAAAACUUCGAGAUUCCGGAGACGGCGGUGGAGGUCGAGACGAGGCUCGCCACCGUUUGUGCGUCGCGGCAGAUGGGGCACAAAGACUCCAAGGGCAAGGUCCAGGGCUUCUUGGGGAAGGACGCGGUCGGCAGCUACACGAUUCUGCACAUGCUGAUGGCGGCUCAACAAGACGACGGAUGGCAAGAAGUUCAGCGGCGCCUUACCUGGAAAAGUCAGGCCAACGGCGCGACCAAGACGCAGAGCUUCUACACGGAGGGACGUUGGCAAGCGCGUGCUCAAGACUGGACGGCCGACAAGCGAAGCACCGUGAUGGUUAAGAACACAUAUGAUUUGUCGGAAAAGAUGGAUGCACACAAGGCGGGCGCAUGGCUGCUGCAAACGGAGGAUGAUGCGAUCGUUGACGAAGCGUUGCGCAUGGUUACCGACCAAGCGGACGGGGGCAUCGCCGUGAUCUACACUGGAGCGGGCAGGGAGUUUCCCACGGAGCUCGAGCGAUGGCAGGCGCAAGCGACCUACGACAGGGUUCCAGGCGUGCUUUCGGGACAAGGUGGGGCCACUCGUGGGGUCAGAUCCAGAUGGGUCUUUCGCAUCGGCAAGGCUCCUCCUGCUCUUGCGGCACGCAUGGAGACUAAGUUGGACUUGAGCAAGCGCGGCCUCAAAGACAAGGCGGACGAUAACACCGUGGUCAUUCGUAUGCGAGCGAGCUGGCAUGUCAGCCCACAGGAAUGGCAAAGCAUCGUGAAAUCCCUUGGCACUUGUGCGAGACGAUGGGCAUCAACGGUUGGUGAUGGUGUCACGCCAUUUGACUUGCACGACACUUGGGGCUGGGAAGUUUGGGGACGCAAACAAGAUGAAGUUCGUGGGUUGAUGAGGGUGCAAAGCGUAAGCGUGGCACAAGCUCUUCUUCAACAGGGAGGACAGAAUGUUGGCGGAGUCACCUUCUUUCCGGAGGCUUUGGCUGCGGAUGGUCGCAUCACUCAAAGUCCCUUUUAUUGGCUGCAAUGGCAUGAUCAGGAGACGUGGGAUGCCUACACUGCCAGGGCUAGGGCUCAGAGCACCAAAGGGCUCUUGCUUGGCGCUCAUGGACUGGGCAUUCGAUGCGAUGAGGGUGACACCAAGGUGAGCACUAAGAAACGCCAAUGGAAGCUUCUUCGAGUUCCAGCAAAAUGCGAUCACACCGUCGUUACUGAGAUCGUCACCAAGCUGGGCUUCGGCAACAUUGAGCUGACUGGGCGCGGGCGCACCUACCGGGGCCAUACCAACUGGUUCUUUCAGGCGUCGCGUGAAGAUGCUCACCAAUAUGUGCAAGUCACCGUGCAGCUUAGCGACGACGAGGACAUGGUGGUCACGGCGGUCCAGGAGCUCAAAGCGAGGUGGGACAACAACCAGCGCUUGAACCUACGUGAUGAGAGACGCAUCAGAUAUAAGGAGACCGACGGUAACGCGGACUACCACGGCGAUAAGCGCGACGGCAAGGACACCCGGACCGGACAUGAGGGCAGGGACAACAACACUACCAACGGCACUGACAUGGACACCAAGGAGUUCAAAGAGGGCGACGCGGACCACGCUACGGACGGCGCGGGCAACAAGCGCGAGGCGGCAGAGGAGGUUCAAGCGAGCGCCAAGAAGGCGCGCACCCCGUGGAAGCCUGCCUUGGGCAAGCGAUUGCCCAAUGCGGGUGGAGGAGAUUGCUUGUGGUACGGCAUUGCGAGAAUCAUGUCUACCGCCAACAAACCACGUUCUCAUCGACAAGUUCGCUUGUGGGUGCACUCCUACAUGCAAGACAACUUUGCCGAGUAUGAAGAUCUCUGGAAGGGAGCAGGCAGUCACGACCAUAUGGGUAAGAUGAACGCCAUCCCGAAUUUUCAGCAGUACCUUGAUGGCUUGGCGCAAGUUGGCACUUAUGCCGGCGCACUUGAGAUACUGGCAUUCGCCAAGCUGGAGGACAAGCGUAUCUGGGUGCAUCAUGAAGAUGGGCGCGUCUUUGAGUUCAACGAGAAGGGCAAAGGGGACGCGCAUGGCUUCUUCUUCUACGGCCGCGGACACUACGAGAUCUAUGAUGACAUUGACGAGUUGGAAUGGAUCAGAGAGCAAAAGCGGCAAGCGAAGGAGGGAGGCCAAAAUGCUUCGCAGCCUCCGCUCCGAGGAGGAGCACGCGGCCUGUCGGAGUUUGCCAGCAGCGCCGGCAGCGUUGUCAGUUCUAGAACUAAGGCUGGGGCGGCGAAGCAAUCAGUACCUCGAGCACCUGUUCUUCGCGGAGGGGCUAAAUGCCUUUCCGACUUCGCCAGUUGCAGCGAGGUGCGGCCAAAACGGGCACUGACGGAGUUUGCUUCUUCCAAGAGGGCUUCUUCUGCAGCUGGCAAGAGGCGCAGAACCACUACGGCAUCGACUAUGCACGAGGUAGAGGGUGCCACGCGUAACCAACCCGCGGCUGUGGAUCAAUGGCUGGCUGAUCAGGAGCACUAUGACGGGAAGCAGGGCAAACCGGUGGCGGUCCUGAACCUCAAGGACCUGACAACCGAUGGCAAGCCCCCGGCUUUUCAAUGGCCGUGCAACAUCUGUCACCAGAUUAUCGGCGGGGCCAGCAGCAGACAACUGACCUGGCGAAGGCGCAACCAUAUCAACUGCAUUCACCCGGAUGUCGAUGCUUCGGAGUUCACCACGAUCAGGCAGUUCCAACAGCGGCCCCAAGUGGUGAAACUUCGUAAGUCCGUGGCGGCUAGGUGGCGAUGCUCAUGGUGUGGCAUGGGCAUCCCGCAAGCCGAGGCAGAAGGCGUUCAUUGGGAUCGUAUCAGCACUUCCGGGCGUGCGCACCUGAGCAAGUGUGAGAAAGCACCGGAAGGGGCAACCAUGAAGCAAAACAGGAUGAAUCUUUGGAAGCAGCAGGGCAUUCACUGCACUGAGCGCCGCUUCAAAGGCAGUUCUACGGGAGACGACGAGCAAAGCGAUGACGUCAAGCAGCAGCUCCGUAGUCAAGGGCAUCAACCUGUUGUGUUUGGGAGCGGCUUCUUGCGACACACUUCGAAGUUCCAUGUCACGUGUCAGAGGUGCACUACUGUCUGGUGGGGUUUCGCGCGCGCGCAGCGCAGCACGGGGCGAUGCCCAGGCAAAGGUCGUCGACAGCAACUUCUUCGGCAUCCUCAGCGACGACAGUUGUGGAAAGGCGCCACCACAAAACUGCGACAAUGUCUCCGUAAGGCUUGGAAGCUAGAUCACGGGGAGGUGCGACGGUUGGGCGGAUGGAGACGCAACCUCCUGGACGACGGCGACAUUGAGUCGAACCCAGGUCCGAGCUCGCGUCAUCAUCACACGCUGAGAUGGGCAUCGUUGAACGUUCAGGGCUUUAACAACGCUUUCUUGGCAUUGGACACGCUUGCUUCGCAGGGAGAUUAUGAUGUAAUCUGCUUUCAGGAAGCCCGGUUAGAUGCUUGGAAGGCCCAGCAGUACAGGAACAAGGCCGCUCGAGGCGGAUUUGUGGCUUGGACGCGAUUGGGCACACAUGCUACCUCUCGCAGGGGAGUGGGUUAUGAACGCUGGGGGCUAAUCACGCUGGUGCGUCAGACGCUGAAGUCCGUGCUAUGCGUCAAUGAAGGGAACCUGGAGGAUGGGGAGCUCUUGGCUGUCCAAGUGGGAGAUACGGUCAUCUUCAACUGUUACAGACCAGCUGAGAGUACCUGCUUCGGAGCACUUCUUCAGCGAGCACGGGGCAGUGCGCUCACGCGCAAUUAUGUGAUGGUUGGUGAUUUCAAUCUCAGCAUCGAGGAUCACGGAGAGUGGGAUGACUUGGGAUUGAUUGCCAGCGGCGUCCAUGAUGGCUCUGAGUAUGUGCCUUCCAGGUGGGACGGCUCCGCUUGCAUCGACUAUGUGUUGUCUCCGCCUGGUAUGCUUCAGGGACCUGUUAGUUACCGGGAAGAUCGACUGUCUGAUCACAAGUGUGUGCAGGGCAAGAUACAAGGCCGAAGUAUGGAUACUCCGCUUGUCUCCUUUGCUCCCACCCUCGAUCUCAGCAAACCGGAGGCUGUCAGCAAGCAGGAGUGGCAACGGGCGGUGCUACGAGCGUGGCAAGACCAAGAACCGACGCCGCCUGCGGGACCUGAAGAAGAGUGGCGAAGCUUCUGCGCUAAGGUCGAGUCUGCUUGUGUGCAGGCUAAGGCCCGAUGGCAGCCAGUUCACAAACCGCCUCACUGCAGAGCCAAGGGCUCUUGGCCCGAGGUGGUGGUGGAGGAGCGCAACACAAAAGUGCAGGACACCUUUCGCCUCAGGCGGCUCAGCAAUGCCACCGGACUCGCCAGAGAGAUCCUGCGUCAGCGGACGAGGAAUCCCCUCAGCGACACUGCAGCGCUGGAGCACAAGUUGAUUCGUAGCUGGCCGACGGGGGUGCCUAGACUUGCAACCUGGCAGGACCGUGUUCGCGACCUUGAAGCGGCUUAUGCCAGAGAGCUCCAGUUGCGCUUGCAAGAGCGCCUACGCAGAUGGAGACGCAGAGUCAGUCAGUGCGGUAAGGCUGCUACCAAUUGGCUUGCGAGAAAGGAUAUAGCCAGGCCUCCGGCUCUUCAGAUUCGAACGGACGACGGGCACAGCAGACUCACUCAGGAUGUCCAGGAGCAACUGCAUGAAGUGAAGGCCUUUUGGAAACGCGUAUGGGAUCGGCCUUUGCCUGACAGGAUGCAGGCUAUUCGUGCUUGGACUGCUCAUGUCAGGCCCAGCGCUGCAUUUGCUAACAACACGGAGCUUGCAGACAUUGUCACCGGGGCGCACUUGCAGAAUGCGGCAGCUCAUCUCGGUGAGGGGUCCGCUGGGCCGGAUGGUUGGAGCGGCAGCGAGCUUCGCCACCUGCCGUUGGAGAUAUAUGAGGAAUACGCCCGCCUGCUUCUUCGAUGGUUUGCACGCGGAGAAUUGCCCAAAAUCCUCUGUGGGGCGAGGCAAAUCCACUUGCCCAAAUGUGAUGUGGACCAGAUCAGCAACUCCAUCCCGGUGGACAAGAUGCGGCCCAUCAGUGUGUUUUCUUGCUUUUGGCGCAUAGUAGGCAGCAUGUUGGCUAAACACCCCCUCAUGGUGCAGUGGAUGAAUGAUUUGCUGCCUGCCGCUCAACACGGAGCGGUCAAGGGUCGCUCGCUGUUCGGGGCCGUACGGGACCUCGCCAAGCAGUUUCACGAGGAGCAAGGCAUUCUUGUUUCAUUAGACUUGAAGCAAGCAUUCGAUCGGAUGGAUCCCACAUUAGGUCUUGAGCUCAUGAGAUCAGCCGGAUUGCCAGCGUCGAUUACCUCGGCGUUGGCGACCGUGUGGACGAAGCAAUACCGCUGGAUACAGAUUGGCAGGAGCAGUCAAGCUGUGCCGGAGCUUGUGAGCUCCAGUCUGCCGCAAGGGGAUGGGAUGUGCCCGCUGUGUCUCAACGUUGCCAUGCUAGGACCCGUGCUCCACAUGCUCCACACGUUCAAUCCUCGUGACCUGACACUUGCUGUUUUCCUUGACGACCGCAGCUUUGUCGCGCGCACCGCUGAGAUCGUCGCCGAGGGCCGUGCACACUGGCGACGCUGGACCAGAACCAUGGGGUGGGAGGAGAAUGACGCGAAGGUGAAAGUCGUUUGCCGGAGAGAAUGCCAGAUGGCUGAGGUGCGCGCGCAGGGCGUGCAUCCAGGACACAUCGUCGAGCAGGCCACUGUGUUGGGAGUCGAUUUUACUCAAAAGUUGCGCCGGGCACAGCGGGAGCAACUCGAUGAACGUGUCCGCAGUGCUGAGGACAGGGCGCGGCGACUUGCAAUCACUACCCUCGCUUGCCAGGUCAAGCGGUUUCAGCAGUGGUAUCGCAAGGCUUUUUACGUGCAUCGUGUAGGCAGUCCUGAUUUGCAGCUUAUUCUUGACGGACAUGGCUUGCAGUUUAGCUUUGUUGCUAAUGCUCAGUCGCUGUGGGAAUUCUAUAGGUCCAUCGGUCCUAGCUCGACCUGGUCGGGCAAGGAGGGCACGUGGUAUGGACAUGUUCGGCGUUUCCUGGAGGGUUUGGGGUGGCAUUGCCCGUUGCAGGUUCAUCCAUGGGCGUGGCAGCAUGCAGAGUUAGGAUUCCAGGCUGUGCUCGGCGCUCCAGGACAGCUCCGAGGUUUUCAGCAUCAAGUGCGAGAGACUUGGCGCUACCAGCGGUACCAGGCGUUCCUGAACUCGAACCGGCGAGAUGCCAACGUGCUCCAGGCGGUCGGCUACAGCACAGAGCGACUCGGCCUCGUGCACCUGAUGAUCCUCUUCAACGGCGCCUUGGAUGGCCCAUGGAGCGGGUCUGAGGGCCGAGCGCAUCGCAAAACCAAACGCACCUACUUCUUCACCAGCGCUGCAGAUGGCAGCAGGGCUGAGGUAGAGUACACGUUCGGCCACGAGAGGAACGCCGACGGCAAGCUGCGCAUCGGUCUCCACCACUCCUCCGUGGCUUUUAGUCUGCCUCCCAGCUCUCAGCUUUCAGAACAGGAUGUGAAGGUUGCACAGGCAGCAUGGGCCAAUGCCAUCAAGAGCAUCUCCACGACCUACCUGAAUGGGGGAGACUAUGUUGCAGCUGCUGCCGAAGCGGAUGGCGAGCUUUACGGCUAUGGCCACACGGAUGUGCUCUUCAAACCCACCAAGGCAGCCGAUGCACCGUUUCGACCAACUGCUGUAGAGGCCACGUCCUAUUUUGUUGGGCAUGAAGCAGUCGAGAAGGGCUAUGCUGAGGAUGCUGGCUUUGCGAUCAACGGCGGCAAGGGGUGGUCGAAUGUAGUCUUCGAGAACCACCAAAUCGAUGUCACCGGCAAUACUGCCCUUGCCAUGGGCACCUACUUCUUCACCAGCGCUGCAGAUGGGAGCAAGACCAAAGUUGAGUAUGUGGAGUACACGUUCGGCAACAAGAAGAAUGCAGACGGCAAGGUGCGCAUCUUCCUGCACCACUCCUCGGUGCCAUUCAGCGUGACCCCAACCCCCCCGACUGCGGCGAUCACUGAAGCAGAAGUGAAAUGCGUGCAGGCAGCAUGGGCCAGGGUCAUCACGAGUAUCUCCAUGACUUACUUGGAUGGAGGAGACUGCGUUGCCGCUGCCACCGAAGCAGCCGGGGCGCUCUAUGGCUAUGGCCAUUGCAAUGUUCUCUUCAAGCCCACUAAGGCAGCCGAAGCACAGUUUCGACCGACAGCCGCAGAUGCCGUGUCCUACUUUGUUGGGCACAAGGCGGUCAAGAACGGCUAUGCUGAGGAUGCCGGCUUUGCCAUCAACGGUGGAAAAGGAUGGUUUGACGUGGUUUUCGAAAGCCACAAGGUUGACAUCACUGGCGAUGUUGCCGUUGCCAUGGGCACCUGCUUCUUCACCAACGCUGCGGGUGGCAGCAGGGCUAAGGUGGAGUACACGUUCGGCUACGAGAGGAACGCCGACGGCAAGCUCCGCAUCUGUCUCCACGACUCCUCCGUGCCUUUUAGUCUGCCUCCCAGCUCUCAGCUUCCAGAACAGGAUGUGAAGAGUGCACAGGCAGCAUGGGCCAAUGCCAUCAAGAGCAUCUCCACGACCUACCUGAAUGGGGGAGACUAUGUUGCAGCUGCUGCCGAAGCGGAUGGCGAGCUUUACGGCUAUGGCCACACGGAUGUGCUCUUCAAACCCACCAAGGCAGCCGAUGCACCGUUUCGACCAACUGCUGUAGAGGCCACGUCCUAUUUUGUUGGGCAUGAAGCAGUCGAGAAGGGCUAUGCUGAGGAUGCUGGCUUUGCGAUCAACGGCGGCAAGGGGUGGUCGAAUGUAGUCUUCGAGAACCACCAAAUCGAUGUCACCGGCAAUACUGCCCUUGCCAUGGGCACCUACUUCUUCACCAGCGCUGCAGAUGGGAGCAAGACCAAAGUUGAGUAUGUGGAGUACACGUUCGGCAACAAGAAGAAUGCAGACGGCAAGGUGCGCAUCUUCCUGCACCACUCCUCGGUGCCAUUCAGCGUGACCCCAACCCCCCCGACUGCGGCGAUCACUGAAGCAGAAGUGAAAUGCGUGCAGGCAGCAUGGGCCAGGGUCAUCACGAGUAUCUCCAUGACUUACUUGGAUGGAGGAGACUGCGUUGCCGCUGCCACCGAAGCAGCCGGGGCGCUCUAUGGCUAUGGCCAUUGCAAUGUUCUCUUCAAGUCCACUAAAGCAACCGAAGCACCGUUUCGACCGACAGCCGCAGAUGCCGUGUCCUACUUUGUUGGGCACGAAGCGGUCAAGAACGGCUAUGCUGAGGAUGCCGGCUUUGCCAUCAACGGCGGCAAGGAAUGGUCGGACGUGGUCUUCCAGAACCACAAAAAACUGAUGUGA